GUCGUGACACAGCGGCAGCACGGCCAGCAGCAGUCACGCAGACGUAGGAUAGCUCGGGAGGUUAGCUCUCAUUCUAGUGCUCCCUCGGCGAUCGGCAUUUGUUCUCCGAAAGAAGGGGAAUGGUAGCUUUGUCAUGGGGUUGUCGAUUAAUAGCAGGAAGGACCGCGGGCGAGGCAUGCUCUGUGUUGCUGCUCCUCCUGGCUUGCGCCACCCCAGGAGUUUCAUUCAUCCAGGGCAGAGGGAUGGCGAGACAAAGGACUUUUAGCUAUGGGGUGGGCAGGAUCGGGCGAUUGCAGGCGUCUUCGAAGGGGGCUUACCCGCCCCCAUCCCGCAGAUUGCGAGGGCGUGGGCUGUGCAUGGAUGCAAGCAGUUGUGCUCCCGAGAUUACGGAUGAUAGCUUCGAGGCAGAGGUGCUUGACGAGGAUCGACCAGUGCUCGUCUUUUUUCGGGCUCCGUGGUGCGGCCCAUGUCGCAUGGUCGGGCCCAUUGUAGACGAGGUUAUCGCCGACCAUGGCAGCAAGCUCAAGGUGUUGGAGCUGUGCACGGACGAGAACCCCAAGACGGUAGCAGAGUUCAAGAUCCGGAACAUCCCCACCCUGAUGCUGUUCAGCGACCGGAAAAGCGUCAUGACCGUUGUCGGAGCUGUGCCAAAGAGCGCUCUCGUGAGCUCUAUUAAGAAGCACAUGGAUCUGUGAUUUGGGAUGAGAAUUCGCGUCCUUUGAGUUGAUCGGGCUCCUUAGUAGGGCAGGUGAAGCCAUCGCUAGCGCUUGCGUUGCGUGUUUCGCGGACAGUACAGCGGUAUAGAGCGUAGAGGAGGUGCGACAGACCCUUGAGAGUUCGAGAGGGGGGGGGUUCGAAGCUGGGGCGAGUGCAGCCUCUUCUAUCGGCGCACUUACUCACCAGCAGCAUUUUUUUUCUGGCGGGGGGUGGUUGUGGCGUUCAGUUGCUAUGGUGGUUGCGGCCACCUGCCUCUUUCAUAAAGUAUGUGUUGACGUUUAUGUUAUUGUUUUUGAUCGAUUACCUUGUGUUUGUUGCGGUGGUCCGAUGACGGUUGUUGGAUUAACGCAGACGGUUGGUGAAAAUAAUUACCCCGCUCUUUCAUUAUUGGUGCCAAGGUCACCAACAAUGCUUUUACUGCUUCUUUCGGCUGCAUGGAUUCUGGGACAGGGUGCCGCAUACCUACUGUUCUGUAGGACCUCAGAUAAUUCUCGAAGAAACGUGCCAUUCGCGUGCGGAAUUUUCAUGACGCACACCCACCCAUGAUCGCGAAGGUUUGGUUGACUCCACAACGCACAUUCCAU